UGAAAGAGGAGUUGUUCUGCUGCUACUUCACAGGCAGCUCCUGGGAGGGCCGCCCAGCCGGACGGGGGACGCUGGAGGUGGCCUGGGCUCACUCCCGGACAACAAGCCUCCAGGGGGGACUGAACUCAUGCCCCACUCUGCACCCCGAUGAUCUCCACCUGGAGGAUCCCAAUGUUCUUGACUGUGCAUGAGGAUGGGGUGUCCACCACAGCCUCACCUGGCGCUGACAUGCUCAACCUCACGGCGCAGGCCCUGCAGCAGGCCGUCAACUCGAGCCUCCCGCAGGCCGGGGCAAGGUGCCCACACAUGGAGUGGUGGGGCUGGCUCAACACGGUGCAGGCCCCCUUCCUCUGGAUCCUGUUCGUGCUGGCGGCGCUGGAGAACACCCUGGUUCUGGGCGUCUUCCUCCUGCACAAGAGCAGCUGCACGGUGGCUGAGAUCUACCUGGGCAACCUGGCGGCCGCCGACCUAGUACUGGUGUGCGGCCUGCCCUUCUGGGCCAUCACCAUCGCCAACAACUUCGACUGGAUCUUCGGGGCCACGCUGUGCCGCAUGGUGAACGCCGUGGUGUCCAUGAACCUGUACAGUAGCAUCUGCUUCCUCACGCUGGUCAGCGCCGACCGCUACCUGGCCCUGGCCAAGACCAUGACAGCCGGGCGCCUGCGGGGGGUGCGCUGCGCCAAGUUCUACAGCCUGGUGGUCUGGGGCUGCGCCCUGCUGCUCAGCUCGCCCAUGCUGGCCUUCCGCACGCUGACUGGGUACAGCGACGAGGGCCACAACAUCACGGCCUGCGUCAUCCACUACCCGUCGCCCGCCUGGGAGGUGGCCACCAACGUGCUGCUCAACUCGGUGGGCUUCCUGCUGCCGCUGGGCGUCACGUCCUUCUGCACGGCCGGGAUCCUGCGGGCCCUGCGCACCAAUGAGAUGCAGCGGUUCAAGGAGACGCAGACGGAGCGCAGGGCCACGCUGCUGGUGCUGGGCGUGCUGCUGCUCUUUGUGGCCUGCUGGCUGCCCUUCCAGAUCAGCACCUUCCUGGACACGCUGCUGCGCCUGCAGCUGCUGCAGGGCUGUGGGGCCGAGGGGGUGGUGGACGCCUUCACGCAGGUGGCCUCCUACCUGGGCUACAGCAACAGCUGCCUCAACCCACUGCUCUACGUCAUUGUGGGCAAGCGCUUCCGCAGAAAGUCCCGGGAGGUGUUCCAGGGCCUGUGCGGGCGCCGCGCCCGGCCGGGGCCUCCCGAGAACUCCCUGGGCACCAUGCGUACCUCCAUCUCCGUGGAGCACCACGGACACAGGCUGCCGGAGUGGCCCAGGCCCACGGCCGCAGGGAACGAGGGCUGAUGGGACACUGAGGACUGUGGCCGGGGGUGUCCCGGGUCUGAAUCUGACCCUGGGCCGGGAGGCGGGAGGGAGUUCUGGGCCAACACCAGGCACAAUUCCUGUCCCGCCCAGCCGGCACCUGGUGACUGCCUAGACGGUGUGGUGCUGUCCCCUGGGCUGCCAGCCCCUGACCAGCCUGCCCUGUGCAGGAGCAGAGGGACCUCGUGCAGGGGCAGGAGAGACCCAGCUUUUCUCCCCCAGCUUCCCUGUCCCCACAGGACGGCCCAGGGUUCUGGAGCAGCCCUGGCAUGGUGGCCAAGGUUCUGCCUGGAGGGACUUUAGUCCACGCAGCUAAGAACCAGGGUGGAGGGGAGAUUUCUGAGGUUUCCAGGAAACCUAAGACUCUAAAGGUGGCUGGUGAGAAGGCCACGUUUCUGCCCCAGGAGCAAGGCUCUGGCUAUGGACACCCCACCGAGGGCCAGAGGGAAGACGGAGACUGAACACUGUCUGGAGGGAACCUGCAAAUCCCUGGCAACCACCAGGAGUCCCAGCCCUGCUGAUGGCCAGCUUUGCCUCUGCCUCAGUUCCCCCUCUGCACAAACAGGCGUGGGAGUACUUUGAAACAGGAAGGGUGCUAGGCGUGUCCGUGUGGGCACAGACACAGGGUGGAAGUUAAUGUGGAGGCACGGGCUUGGCAGCGGCUCUGCGUGCAAACUAGGGCCGUGGCUACACGGGGGAGGUGCUCUGUCUACAAGCUGUUUGUGCUGUCACUCUAACACAGACACACACACACACACACACACACACACACACACACACACACACACACACACACACACACACACACACACGCUUGUACAGAGAAGCAUUAGGAACCCAGGCCAGGCCUUCACUGAUUUGUAAACAGGCUGGAAUCUGCCCAGGACAUCCCAGGGCUCAGCACCUCCCUCCUUGGUGGGCAGAAGCCAGAAGUCACCAGCACCUGCCAGUCAAGUCGCCCUCUCGCCAUCAAGGGCACCAGCCACUGGCUUGUGUGCAGGCGACCUAGUGGGGAGCUCCCAAGAGCCUGUGUAUAUCAUUAGCUCCCAGGACCAAGCCUCCUAGGCAGGUUUGGGGAGGAGGGACAGGGUAGGGGGUGGACUGAGCAGCUCACCUGUGUCCCCUGAGGCCCUGGGCCCUUUAAGUGUCGCAGCUGAGCCACCUGCUGGAAUUCAUGGGCUGUGGGAAAACUCUGGGGACAUAACCUUGCAGGAGGAACUGGGGACAGGCACACAGCUGCCCAGGGGCAGAGGGGGCAUGGCUCUACUCCUGGGGGAGGGGCGGGCCAACAUCCUUGACCAGAGGCUUAGAGAGCAGCGGUCAAGUCCCCUGUCUCACGGGAGAACCCGCUGCAGCUUUUCCUGUACUGCUCAGUACUCCGCCCAGCCCCCCAGCCAGCGUCUGAGAUGCAAAGCCUUUAGGUGCAUUCAGGAUCGAGGUCUUGAAAUAGGACACCCCCAGCCCUCACAGAGUGCUCACUCUGGCUCUGGCGGUGAGUUUGCCAACUCUGGCUCUCUGGGGAAAACAGAACUGAAGCACAAGGAGGGUCUGUAAAGCAAAGAGCCUACGAAUCCUAACCAAUCUUGCUCUGGGUUUGAAACCAAAGGAAUCAGAAGGGAAGAAAAUACAGCAGUUCUGCCAAAGACUCUCCUGCCUGAGGCUCUGGGGUUCCAAGUUCAAUCCCCAGCAACAUCAGCCAGAGCUGAGAGGGGUUCUUGGUGAAAUAAUAGUAAUAGUGAUAGAGGAUGGCAUAAUGAUUCUGCAAAAGACUUUCCUGCCUGAGGCUCUGAGGUCCCAGGUUCAAUCCCCCAGAACCACCAGAAGCCAGAGAGGAGCAGGGCUCUGGGUAAAAGUAAUAGUAAUAAUAAAUAAGGCUGGGGAGACAGCAUAAUGGUUCUGCAAAAGACUGUCAUACCUGAGACUCUGGGGGUCCCAGGUUCAAUCCCUGGCACAACCACCACCACCCAUGUCCUGAAAACCAGGUAAACUGAAGAUGGAGAGAGGGAGCAGGUGGGAUGGAGGCGGAGCUGUUGGUUAUUAGGCGAGAGAGAGAGAGAGCGGAGCUAAACCAGGCACAGGUGCCGGGUGCUGGGGUGGGAAGGAGGCAGCUUUGAACUGGAGACCAGGCCGUAGCCCUGGACCCCCAAGGUCAUUUGGGGGACACUGCUGUCUGAGGUGCCAGCAGCUGGCGGAAGGGGAGCUGGUCCAUGGGUGGUUGACACUGUUUGUCACCACAGAAGACUGUUAAGCUGUAAAGAACAAGUAUUGCAUGCCCAGGGAGGCUGCCUGUUUGGGAGGGAGAGCACAGGCCUGUUGGCCUUUCCUGUACAGCAUAAUAAACCCACCAAAGUGUUUUGCACAA